AUGGCUAAAAAUGGCCCACCUAUUCGUGUGCUGUCCACUUUGGACCCCUCUGCACCGCAUGUCUUCACUGCCCCGACCAAGAAGAUCCACGACUCUCAAGAUGUAUCGGCCUUCCUCACCUCAAAAGCCUAUACUGAUAUCAUGACUUGGCUGUUACAACUUAACCGAUCGAUGUUCCCGUUGAAAUUAGGCGAUGGCACAUCCCAAUCCUGGGCCAUCAACAGUGAUGCGAUUCAAUUCUCCGCUCCUAUCCGACAAUUGCAGCGACUUCUCUUGAGCCUCGAAGAUAUCAUCCAGGAGGUCCCGCCCGAUACUGGCCCACGAAGAUUUGGAAAUAUAAGCUUCCGAAGAUGGUGCGAGGUGGUGGAGAGCCGCACGCCAGACUUGUUAAAAGAAUGCUUACCUGCAGAGCUCUUACAGAAAGUGUCACCAGACGGGCACGGUGUGACCGCAGGAGAAGAAUUGAAAGCAUACCUCGUGGGCAGCUGGGGCAGCGGACAGCGCCUAGACUACGGUACUGGUCAUGAAUUGAGCUUCCUCGCUUUCCUGGGUGGAUUGUGGAAGUUGAAUGCAUUCCCCAAGGCCGAGCCUGGCGUGGAAGAACGAGCUAUUGUUAUCGGGGUCAUUCAGCCAUAUCUGGACCUGAUCAGGAAACUCAUUAAAACAUACACCCUUGAGCCCGCGGGUUCCCACGGAGUCUGGGGGCUGGAUGAUCACUCCUUUAUCCCUUACAUAUUUGGGUCUGCCCAGUAUUCGCCCGCAAUCACCGACUCUGAUUUGACACCCGAAGAGGGCUCUCUGCCUGAUUCCCCUGAUCCAAGCGGAGUCGUCAAGGCAAAUAUCGUUGAAAAAGAACGAGAAACUAACCUGUACUUCUCUGCAAUCGGUUUUAUCUACGAUGUGAAGAAGGGCCCUUUCUGGGAACACAGUCGCAUUCUCUAUGAUAUCUCGGGCAUUCAAACUGGCUGGGGCAAGAUCAACAAGGGAAUGGUCAAAAUGUACAACGCAGAAGUUCUUUCCAAAUUCCCAGUGGUUCAGCAUUUCCCCUUUGGAAGUCUGUUUAGCUGGGAUUACGAUCCUAAUGCCAUCCCUCCUCCUUCCACGGCUCACGCAACAUCUGGGCCUCAGGCAAGGCCCGUCGCGCCAGACCUCGGUCAAGCCUCCAUUGCCACUCCUCGCCCUACGCCUGGAGCUGGUACCCAGGCUCCCUGGGCCAAUUCAGCGGCGGGCACGCGGGCCGUGCCGCCAACAGGUGGAACAGCAGCUCCAUGGGCCGCCACAAGAAAGGAAGUUAUACCUGGCGGUGCAACAAGAAUCCCUUCUGCCAUCUCAGACACUUCAAGGGUACCCCCUGGCCCUAUGGCGCCGACCAGAGCCCCAUGGGCGUCUUCACAGCCUCCACCGUCACAGAGCGGGGAUGCCGAAGUGCAUACAAAAGCUCCCUGGGCUAAAUGA